UGUAAUUGUUCGUAUUUUGUUUAACAUAUCUUUAAGUUACUGUAAAUAUAACUCCUUCCGGUUGCGGGUAGAUCGUGCAGUAAAGUAUUUCUGUUAUAUUUAGCUAUCCUUAUGUACUGCGCAUCAAUGAAUGUGAAUUGAACAAAUCCGCGUGCACAUGUAACCUUAUGACAUACUUGAAUGUUUAAAACUUAAAAAUGAUUAAAAUAUGAAGAAAUUUUACUUAACAUCAAUUAUAUUGCUUGGAAUAUUACAUGGCACUGAAGAACAGUUUUUAUCAACAGGUGCUCCACCUAUGAACAAGAGAACUUAUUCACUGACUUUUAUGCCAUUUGCUCUGUAAUUUGGAUGUCCUUCAGGGUGGGUUUUGCAUCAAAGCACAUGCUACAAGUUUGCUGAGGAGCAAAUGGUGUAUGAGGAGGCCGACGCUGCAUGCUGGGCGUUUGGUGCCCGUCUCCUAAGCGUCGGUUCAUUCAGUGAACACCAGUUUGUCUCUGGCUUUAUGAUGACCAACAAACUUUCGAGACAGACCUAUUACUUCACGUCAGGGUACUACUUUCUGGGUCGGCUUUAUUGGGAAGGAGAUAGAACCGAUGGCGGCCCAACAUUCUGGUUGAACGAUCAGCCUCCGGCUCACGAAGGAAAAAUAUAUAGAAUUGCCUAUAUAUAUACGGAGACGGAGUACAAGUGGAUAAACGUGUCGGCAAGUAUACUGGCACACUAUAUCUGCGAAAUCCCCAGACCUCAGGCCCAACGUCUUGACUUAAUGGACAGAGAUUUUAGUUAUGGUCUUGAUAAAUCAGAUGUUAAGAAUAUCAAGAUAGGGCCAACAUUCGUUUCGCAACCUGAAUCUAUAGUAGUGUUUGAAGGUGUGGAAGUUGUUGAUAUUGAAUGCACUGCCACCGGGAAUCCAUAUCCAAAAUACAAAUGGUAUAGAGGCUCGGACUUUGUCAACCAAACAGAAGUAACAUCUGCUUUUGACAAUCGAUAUACACUGACUGGUGGCAAGUUUACGAUAGAAGAUGUUCAGAGAACAAAAGAUUUAGACAACUACCAUUGUAAAGCCGAGAAUGACAUUGGUGCCGUGCUCAGUAAUAAGGCAAAGAUUCUAUUCGGAUACUUGGGAUAUAUAUCUAACGUAGAACCUGAGCCACUUUACGCAGAGGUAUUUAAAGGCACAAAGAUUAAUUGUGAGACACCGUCACAUUCUCCAAGAGUGAAUUAUGCUUGGUUCAAGAACCGAAACUUGCACAUUUUUAUCAGGCUGGGAAACUUCAACUUUUUUGUAUCAUGGACUGGUGCCCUAUACGUUUCUGAAGUUCAACCGACAGAUGUUGAUAAACGUUAUUAUUGCCUAAUUACGCUUGUUGGUACUGAAGAUGCCAAGCUUGGAAAAGCAAAUACUCUCGUAAGAACCAACAAAGGAAUAUUAAUGCUCUCGUUGGGUGAUAUAACCUCUGACAACAACUACGGACCAAUUGUAUAUACCCACUUGUUUCCCAGCCCUACUUUGAGAGGGUACAACAUCAGAAUGGAGUGUAUAGCGUACGGGACGCAUCCGCUGUUUUAUUCGUGGCGGAGGGAGGACGGUCGUCCUUUUGUGCCAGGUACGGUACUCUCAUCCCGAAACCGUAUCCUGACGAUAAAGAACGCUCCGCUAGAAGCAGACGGUAACUACGUAUGCACGUGUACGAGAAAAACUGGAACAACGGUGUCAAAGACCAUUACCUUGUCCAUGGAAACAAAACCAUACUUCCCUUAUCCGAUAGAAAACGUGUUCGCCGAUCCCGGGAUGACGAUCACCUGGAACUGUAAAGCCGUUGCACGUCCUUCGGCAACAUAUAGCUGGUACAAAAAUGGGAACCUCCUUAGAAAUACACCUGGUUGGAUAGAAAUACAGAAAAAUGUGUUAAAAAUAAUCCAAGUAACCAAAGACAGAGAUGAAGGAAUGUAUCAAUGCGCGGCAACCAAUCAACAUGGUACUACUUUCAGUACAGGGCAGUUGAAGGUUCUUUACUUUGCUCCAAACUUCCACCGGAAACCAAUGUCUGAAUCCAUGCUUGCCGCAAUCAAUGGGAACAUAACUAUUCCAUGUGGUGUGGAAGGCGCACCAUUACCCGACGUGGACUGGUUGAAAAAUGGUGCCAGUUUGAAUAUUGUAAAAGGAGAUAUGAAUGGUCGUGUUGCUAUGAACCUGGAAUUCGGCUUAGUUAUAACAGCUAUACAAUACAGUGACAGGGGCUACUACACGUGCAAAGCCACCAAUAUCCUUGGAGACGCGGUGAACUCUACCCAGCUUCAUAUUGUUGAUGGCAUUGUUUUUACCCAAGCACCAACCCCGAGUACAGUUCAAGUAAACAGAACAGCGUUUAUGUUCUGCCACGCGUCCAUUGGUCACAAUUACGAUUUAACAUAUCUAUGGAAAUUCAAUGGCAAGGAAAUAGAUUAUACAUUGUCACCAGAGUAUGUUAACGGCCAACGAAACAGCUUAGACGGUUUAUACAUAACUAAUGCUCAGUUUAAAAACUCGGGUGUGUACGAAUGCGUUGCCAUAACAACGCUACAGUCAAUACAGCGAUUUGCUACACUAGAAGUACAAGGACCGCCGGGGGCCCCAGCAGGUGUCUAUCCGGAUGUUGACUCUAUAACAACGAGAUCUGUGCGGCUUACUUGGUCGUUGACGACGGAAAUCAAUCAUGGAGGAGCAAUUACAGGUUUUGAUAUCGAAGCAGAAACUGGUUAUCAUCCAAACGUCUGGUAUGUAGUUGCUUCAGAUGUCCAAGAAUAUGUAACUGUCACGGAAGCUAGCAAUUUAGGGAAACGUACUGACCAGCGCGCCAUAACAGUACAUCAGCUGAUACCUAACACUAAUUACAGGUUCAGGGUUCGAGCCAUUAACGCAUUCGGGAGAGGUCAGGAGGCCAGUAAACCAUCAUCGUUCGUGAAGAUUGAACAAACUGCACCAAUUAUAGCACCUAGGCACGUGUCUGGUGGUGGCGGGAAAGUAGGAACGUUAACCAUAACAUGGGAGAUAUUAGAUGAGUCUGAGCACUGUGGGUCCAAUCUUAUAUACUACGUCUACUGGAAGAGACAAGGAGAUACGAAAGACUGGAAAUUGGAAAAAGCUGAUAACGACAGGGCUUUAAAAGAAGGGCGUUAUGUUGUUACAGUGGGGACAGAUAACUAUUAUCUUCAGUACAGGGUCAAGGUCGGAGCGUACAAUGAUAAUGGGCACGGUCCAAACUCAACAGAGCAGAUCAUAUACUCGGCAGAAGGAAUGCCUAACACUGCGCCUGUGUCACAAUAUGCAAUGACAUAUAAUGCUACCAGUAUAAUCGUGUACUGGGAUGUUGUCCCCGAUACUAGAGAGGCUAUAAAAGGACGUAUUGCAGGAUAUCGGAUACACUACUACGCAAAUAUCCACGAUCAGGAUCCGUUCGGUUCGGAGCCAGACCCCAUUUUAAACCAGAUUUUAACGAAAGAUGUCUACGGUCAAACAGAGCACGUCCAGUUGAUAGGUUUGAUCCCAAAUAUGGAAUAUUUUGCACGUGUUCAAGUCUUUAAUGGCGCCGGUUUUGGACCGAAAGGGGAGUGGCGCAGAUCAGAAACUUCUAAUUUGCCCCUACAUGAUCACCCAACGUUUGUGACCGUGUACCAGCAGGGCCCUAACAGUGUGUUGGUUAAAUGGAGGGGUGUAGGGGCCUACCCUCUGGAAGAAUCUCUGCAGGGUUAUAUUCUGAGGGUUUGGAAGUUACAAGAGGACUUAAGGACGGCGACAGAUACUAAGGUUGGUAAGGUGAACGAAGCGGUUAUAGAGGGCUUACAACAGAACUCAGUAUAUAUUCUCAGGGUUCUCGGAUACAGUCGUGCUGGGGACGGUGGGCUCAGUGAGGCUGUCUACUUCUCCUUAGCAGGUAAAGAUGGCCAAGCGCUCAACAUUCCGAUAGAUCCAACAACUUCUCAAAUAUGUUAUUCUGACGAAUAUACCAGAACAUGUGGAAGUGACGGCAUCACAGGAGAAUCAUUUUAUAUAACUUUUGUGACAAUUUUAUAUUUUAUUCUUGCCAAAAGCACUCCGUUAUUCUGAAGAGAUAUUUCUAUUUCUUUUGUGAUGAAAUAUGAUUCUAAGAUUGUGUCUGUUUUUUCGGCGACGCUGUCUAAAUUCCUUUUCGUUACCUAUGCCACGUGACUUCAGUUUGCAAAUCAAACUACUUGAUAACGCAUUAUAGAUGAUUUAUCAAAAUGGAAGAUUUAUGUAACACACUGCCUGAUUGGACGAGAGUGUCAAUUUCUUUCACUCUGUUGAUUGUGCUACGCUGAGUGAAAUGUAGACAAAGCGUUUAUCCUAAACGACGCUGUUCACAGUUUUAAAGCUAACUUUGGCUCAGUAUAUUUAGCAAGAAUAUUGAUAUAUCUCAAAAUGAUAAGUAAGUUUAAUAAAUAUGAUAAAAACCUGUUCAAAUACCAACAUAUAUCAAAUUAAAGAAAGAGCUGAAUACGGUCUGCGUAUCACAUGAAUAAGGGUGUGAUAAGAGUCUUUUAUGUAGAGAAGUGAUUUUUAAAAGAUUUUCCUUGUUACAAUAGUCGUCUGUAUAUGAAAAGGUUUCUUGCUUUUGUGACUUAUUCAGAUUGCAUAUUAAAAUGAGUACUUGUUUGCUUUGAUAUAUUUGUUAUAAAUUAUUUAACUGAUUUAUUAUAUAUGAAUAUUUUUCUUUAGUAUGGUAUGCAAAUAUUGAACUCAGCUGAAAUCUGUUUUAUUAUAUAUAUGCUAUAUAAUGACUGAAUCUCAUUACACUGAAAUGAAGGUACGCUGCAUACAGUUUAUUUAUGUGAUAUGACUACGGUCAAACUUUGCUUAUAAGACAGAAAUAUUGAAAUAAUUACAAUUGUAUGUUUUGCUUGACCUUCACGUUUUAUAGGUGUGACGUCAUUGUGCAAAGAUUCAUGAAUAGCGAAUAUGCAUUUGUUAAAGUGGGAUCAGUUGGCCUAUUUUAGAAAUAAAUAAAAACAAUAAAUAAAAAAA